AUGCCACCCAAAACCAAACUACCACAAGCAGCAAAUGGACGGUUUAUUUCUAGAAAAAGCCUAAACAAUCUAUCUGCCUCAUCAUCUACAGCAGCAUCUGCUGAAUCUUCCCCAUUAGAUACUCCAGAAACGAGAACAUACGAGCUCUUUGACGACGAUCUUGAUCAAGAAGACUCAGAGUAUGAAUCUUACAAGGUUCAAUGUCAACUAGAAAAAGCCGAAGAAGACCAGGAAUCGUUAGAAGGAGCACCUGACCUAGACGACACUGAACUCCCCACAUUUGACUCCCAAACCGAGGCCAUAACAACUCCGUUUCCAACCUCACAGCCAUACAUCCCAACGCCACUUCUACUUACCCAGCCUCAUCCACGAACACCAAUCAAAGCUCCAUCCGUACCCACCGUCUUCACCCCAGCCCCAGUGCAGAAGAAAAUGACCGGUUCAAACACACCAGCCUGGUUCCAUGGCAAAGCCGAUGAAAAUGAGCAGAACUUCCUAUGGGAGGUUGAGAGGUACAUCAUACUUAACGACCUAAAGACAGAAGCAGGGAAGGUCAUGGUAUUCAGCACUCUGCUAUCGGCAGGAUCAGUAGCAGACACUUGGUGGACGAAGCUUGAUAGCAAGCACAAGGCCACAUGGCCUGACGUGAAACUGGCCUUCUCGGAACGAUGGCCAGCUAUCAUAGUAGCAGAGAAGACGGGACUGGAUUACCAGCGCGAAAUCCUAGCGCUGCGUCUAACGGAGGAAGAAUUAGGAAAGCAAAUCACUGUUGCUGGCGUGCCAACAUGGUCACAUCUGCAGUACUGCACCAAUCUACAACAGCUUGUCGAGGAAGCGGGAACAGCCACAACGGCCAGUCUCAUCUACCAAGUGCGAGAGAACCUGCCAGCGGUAAUGAAGGAGCUCACGACUCCAGGGUUAGCAGAGUGGAAGAAGUUCAUAGAUGAGAUCACGGCCAUUGACACCAACAAGCUGCGGGAGAAAGCGGAAGCAGCUCGGAAGAAGAAGGAGCUGGAAAAGGUACAGAACACCUGUAUCGCAAGGCUAGAGAACUUACAGACAGAUGCCGUGGAAGUUUUACGGUUGCAGCUACAACGAACCAACUUAGGAAGCAACCAAACCAAUACAGCAACCACGAACACUAACACCCAUUCACCCUCCAAUACAAUGGCACCAUGUAUAUGCUAUGUCCCCAGAGGAUCUCCUACACCACGCCAAACACGUCAAUGCCAGCCAUUGACCCCAGAAGAACGGGACGCACUGAGGAAACGUGUUGAGGAGAUGCCACACCACCAAGACAACGCAGCAGGAAGAGCAGCUUACGAUGAACAGUUGAAACAAUGGUUCACCAUGAACAGCCAAGACAGUAGGGUCACAGAAGAAACUCCAUUCCCAUUAUGA